GCGCUCAAUAGGUUGUUAAAAAAAAACAGUCAAUCGUAAUGUUAUUAUGCAAGCUCAUUAACUGUUAUCCAAGUUUACGCUUAACAGGCCAUUAUUUAACGCAGCAAAAAUGGGUCGUUUCAAAAAAAAAUUCAAGAUUUCAUUCAACUCAACUUCUAGAAGAUGCGUACAAGAAAAUGAAGGCAAAAUGUCAAUCGAAGAAAUUACCGAAAGACGUCAACCCAAAGGCCGUUUUUGCGUGUAAUGAGCUAGAUUUAAAGGAAGUUAACGUUUAUGGGUUUGAUUAUGACUAUACGCUUGCUUGCUACAAGCCCUCAAUGGACUAUGUUUUAUAUAAUUUAGGUAGACAGACGCUUAUAGAACAGUAUAAAUACCCUGAAGAAAUAGCACAAUUGGAGUAUAAGCCAGGCUUUGCCGUCAGGGGACUACAUUAUGACAUAGAAAAAGGAAUUUUACUCAAAUUGGAUUCUUUUUUACAAAUCCAAUUCGGCUCAGUUUACAAAGGGCUAACGCCGCUAUCCGUGGAAGAGGUUCUGAAAAUUUACAAGAACCGAAUUAUCCCUAUAGCUUACGUUGAAGGAAACACAAAAAAUUCCUCGUUGGUAUUACAGGACAGCCACUCUAAGAUGGUGCAACUGGCUGAUUUAUUCUCUGUACCUGAAAUGGGUUUGAUUUGCAAUGUGGCAGAUUAUUUCGAGCGUAAUCACAUUGAUUACCACCCAGAAAUUUUAUUUAGGGACGUUAAAAGUUCCGUCAAAAGCUCUCAUCCUGUUAUGCACAAAAUAGUCUCGGAAAACGUAUCAGAAUACAUAGAGUCAAACGAAAAUCUCAGGCCGUUUUUUGAUCGCUUAAAAAGCGCAAAUAAGAAUUUAUUUCUAGUCACCAAUAGUCCUUAUAAUUUCGUUAACAAAGGUAUGGAAAUGCUGGUUGGGCGCGACUGGAAAGACUACUUCGAUGUUCUUAUCGUUCAAGCCAGGAAACCCCGGUUUUUCACCGACAUUUCGCGGCCCAUUCGUGUAUUUGACGAACAGAGCGGCAGCCACAUUUGGGAUCGUGUGACAAAAUUGGAAAAAGGAGUUAUUUAUUAUGAAGGAACUGUAAAACAGUUACAAGACUUAACUGGCUGGCGUGGUCAUCAAGUCUUGUAUUUUGGGGACCACCCUUACAGUGACCUCGCUGACGUAACGUUAGAGCAUGGAUGGAGGACCGGGGCCAUAAUCAACGAGUUGACACACGAAAUUGCCACCUUAAAUAACGUGGAGUUCAAGAAAAAUGCCAACUGGUUGCAAAUGUUGACUCAGCUGAUUGAAGACCACCAAGAUUGUGAAGAUCCAGAAGAACAGAAAAUUCUUCAAAAAUGGAUGGCUGAACGCGAUAAGUUGAGAAAUGAUAUUAAGUUUGUGUUCAAUCCCCAGUUUGGGAGCGUCUUCCGCACAUAUCACAACCCUACGUAUUUUUCUAGACGAUUAUUUAGAUUUGCCGACAUAUACACGUCGAACAUAACUAAUUUAUUGAAUUACUCGGUCAAGCACACGUUUUAUCCAAGACGCGGUGUCAUGCCCCACGAGUAUAUAUCCUACUUUGUAUAGGCUUUUAGGCAAAAACUCUAUUGUGUCAUUUUAAUUUUAUAGACAAGAAACUAUUGUGUCAUAUUAAUUUUAUAGGAAAUGCAUACAUGUUGUAUCUGCUGCGAGUAAAAAAUAUUUUUUGAGA